AUGGUAAAGAAGAAAAGUAAUUAUCAUAUUCUUGUUGCUCAAAACUUCCUGUCCAAUAUCAGUAUAGAUGGCACCCACCAAGAUACAAACCUACGCAUUUUUCAAGCAAAAGGACUUCCGAAAUUAUCUUCGGAAAAGAAGUUUUCAAAUGGUGCCAGUUCAUCAGCACCCGUUCGGAAUAAUGAAUCAGUCAUCUCCCUUGGAACUACUACUUCCCUUGGCGACAGAUUGAGUUCCUCGAAUCUACCACUCGAUUAUCUAGAAAGUGAUCAAAAUGGAGUUUAUCUCAACAACAAUUCUCGGGAAACGCCUCAAAAGAAACCGAAACAACGAUUUUCUCCAUUUUUCAGAACUUCCAUAUUCAAACGAAUUGCAAAGAUAAUGAGCUCUGACGAUGUAAUUUAUUCGAUGACAGCCACAAAUAGCCGAACCCCGAUUCUGGAAGAAGGAGUGGGUCGAGAGGAUAGUGGGCUGCUCGAGUUUCGGUCAGAAUCUCCAUCUUGUUCCUCAAAUCAGUUCAGUUUUCUAAGGAGAUUGAAAAGCACUAUCACACAUGCAGACAGGUUUUUCAUCUGUACUGCCUCUGGUGGUCACCCUCUUGCUGUCUUCUCCUACCUUUCACCUAACAAUGACUACGUUGAUCCUCUGGCACCAAUUUUCGCUAACACUACCGUCAAUAAGAAAAAGUUCCGGUCGAAAUCAAUAUUUGGAAGUUCCGAUCGAAUGCGCCACCAAGCACUUGCAUCCACAGAAGAACUCCGCCCGUUCGUGUUUCGUGAUCCAGAUGAUCAGGUGAUUUUAGGUCAAGCACGAAGAAAGCGGAAUCCUUCUCCAUUUUUCACGCUGUUUGAUAAGCCACCAACACAAAUUUCGAGAAAGGAAAGAAGGCGCAGAAGAACAAUCAAAAAAAGUUUGCAGGAAAGUUUCCGCAAUGGGGAAUUGUCUGAAGAUCCAUUUGCUGAAAGUAUCGAAGUACCUCAAACAGUGAAUAGAGAACCGAGCUACGAACGAGGAACAUCCGUUGAUGAUAAAUACGAUCUAGAUAUAAGUCGAUCAGAAGAGCCAUCAGAAAUCAUUGAAGAAUACAAUCCGACAGUUUUCGCGGAGUUAGGCGUAGGAAAGAGGACUAUUAUCCGACAUGACGGCUUCGUUGCAACUACGCUUCACUGGGAAACUGCUGAAAAAACAAAACAAGAAACCAAUGAGGACUUCGAGGCAAAGUUUCCACUCAUUCAUUUGACUCUGAGCAAAAUGAAAAGUCUGAAAAGAGAGAUGGCUGCUCUAGGAAAAGCACACGAAAUCGAUGUGUAUACUGUAGCAACCGCUUUUGUUUACUUCGAAAAAAUUAUCAUAAAGGGUCUGAUAUCCAAAGCGAAUCGCAAAUGUGUCGCUGGAGCAUCCCUACUCGUGGCACUCAAAAUGAACGACUACAAAAAACCAACGAUUAAGGCUUACAUUGAGCAGGCGGAAGAUCAGCUCAGAGAACAGAAGGCUGAUUUGUUAGCCUAUGAGCUCCCACUCUGCUCUGUUUUAAACUUCCGAUUACAGCCUACGAUUGAUGAGCUUCAACCACAUGAAUUCCUGUUAACUAGUUUUGUAUGUUAUAGACACAUGUCACAGUUCGAAUCCUUCUAUCAAGAUCUCAAAUCAACGGAGCAGCAGGAUGCAGCUCUCACGUCCGAACAACAGAUUGAUCGACUUUUGAAGCCAGGAUCCACUUAUUUGAACUUAAAUCCUUAUGAAGUCCUUCAAAUCGAUCUAGAUACUGACAUUGAGGCUGCGAAAAAGAAGUACAAAAAGCUUUCAUUGCUUGUUCACCCCGAUAAAAAUCCAGAUGAUCGUGAAAGAGCUGACAAGGCUUUCGAUAUCGUGAAGAAAGCUAUAAAGCAAAUGGAGGAUCCAAUCGAGUUGAAUCGGUGCAAAGACUGCUACACCGAAGCCAAAGCCAGAUUGGCUAUUGUGAUGUCCGAAAAGAAAAGGAAAUUACGGAAGGAUGGAAAAGAAGACGACAUAGACGAGGACAAUCCAGAUGGCUACAAAAAAGCCCUUUGGAUUACUGUAACCAAGGUGUUUGCAGACAGAGAAAAGAAGAGAAAAAUGCUCGAAGACAGAGCCAAUGAUGAAAAACGUCGUGCUACAGAAGCAAUGGCUCAAGCUGCUGAGAAGAGAAAGCUGGCUGAGGAGUUCGCGAAGAACUACGAAGAAUCUCGAGAUGAGCGGUCGGGUAGCUGGCGGAACUUCCAGGCAAAAAAGGCAAAGAAGGAAGAUAAAGGAAAAACCAUGAAAGGAGCUGCAUUCAAACCACCGAAAAUCAAGCCACAAAAAUGA